AUGCUGUUCACCUCGUCGCUACGCAAAGCCGUGGAGAACUAUCCCGGCGGUCAGUCGUCUGACGAAGCGCAUCGACAGCUUCUGGAGCGACGACGGAAGCAGAUGCUUCGACGUCAUACGUGUAGUACGCUGAUCAAGCCAGCAGCGGAGAGCUCAUCGUCGCCGAAGAAGCGGGCGCCGAUGCCGAUAGCGUUGAUGGAGGAGGAGGAGGAGAUGGUGCCACGUCAUCAGAAGGAUGAGCAUCGCCCUAAACUUGCUGGAGGAGCAGGAUGGAAACAUACCGUCCCACCACCACUACCCCAAGUGGCACCACAAUCGUCAAGCAGCUUCAUCCCAUCAUCCCGAAACUACAACGACGAUUGGGGGGCGGAGCCAGCGGCACCAGCCUAUCAAGCGGCCGCCCAUCCAUCUGCCACGUCACUUCCAGAAGUGCCACGUGCUUCGUAUCCGGCGCUUUCCAACAACGACGAUUUCGAUGAUGAGUGGUCCGAUGAGGAUGAGGAACAUGAACCCUCGCGUCCAUCAGCCACCACCACGACCGCCUCUCUGGCCUCCAACUCUCGCCGCGACCUCAGCCGCAGUCACUCGGAACACGGAGCCGACCGCGGCUCAAGCAAAGUCAACAAGAACAUCAAUCGCUUCUCGAACUUUGUCAAGUCCGGAGUCGAAGCUUAUGUCAUCGGCGACUCGAAGACGUCCACACCGAUUUCGGAACGUCAUGAGGUGGUCAUUAAUCAGGGCAUCAUCCAGUGGAAACCCAUUCAACAGUACUACACUUGCGUUGUGGAUAAGCCGAAGAAGGAGUCGAAGUUGAAGGGGUUGAAGAGUUUUAUCGCCUACUCGAUCACGUCAAGUUUGACCAAUAUUCAGGUGUCCCGUCGCUACAAACACUUUGACUGGCUCCACGAGCAACUCUCCGCCAAGUACAUCUUCAUCCCGAUCCCCCCACUACCCGAGAAACAAGUCGCCGGACGGUACGAGGAGGAUCUCAUCGAUCAUCGGAAGCACAUCCUUCAGUUGUGGGUCAACAAGAUUUGUAGGCAUCCCGUGUUGAGUCAGUCCGAGGUCUGGCUGCACUUCAUCAGCUGUACAGACGAGAAGGACUGGAAGAGCGGCAAACGACGUGCCGAGAAGGACGAGUACAUUGGCGGAAGCUUCCUGAACUGCAUUACCGUACCCCAGCAACCACUGGACCCGAACGCGGUCGACCAACAAGUGGAACGAUUCCAACGAAGUGUGAAGACGUCGGAAGAGGCGAUGCGUGUGAUGCAAGAGCGUAUGAACAUGUUCCAGAAGGUGUUCGCUGGACCUGUCAAACAAAACUGGCAAAAGAUGGGCAGCGCGUUCAAGACGCUCCAGCAAUCGUUCGAGAUCGAUGAAACUGUUGCCAGUCGCCUUCUGACGGACGCUCUCGCUCACACGGCAUCGGAAUAUCACGAGAUUGGACAAGUUUUCGACGCGCACACGAAAAACGACAUGGAGCCGGUGCUGGAGAAUUUGUACUCGUACAAGGGGACUGUACAGAACGUUCCAGACAUUAUUCAUGUUCAUAGGCAAGCCCUUCAAAAAUUCCGUGAAAGCGAGGGACGUCUCUCAUCGAUGGAAGCCGAGAAGAUGAAGCAGCGAAUCGACGCGAUGAGCUACGCGGUGAUCGCCGAGAUUCAGCAUCAAACUGCUGAAAAAGUGGAGGAUCUGAAAUCCACGAUGGGCACUUAUUUGAAGAGACAAGCCGCGUUUUAUCAGGAUGUCGCUAGCAAGCUGGGCGCACUGUCGGCUAGAUAUGACUGA